AUGGACAGAACUCAGACCAAACCAGAGGAGAAGCCUUUCACCGCCUUCAAGAUCCUUGUGGAGCGCGGCGAGAGUUUUAAGAAGCACCUCCCAGAAUGGAUGUCCAACUUUCUCAUGGACAGCAUUGCAAAACUUUGCAAGCACUGCGUGGCUCUUAGCAAUCAUCACAACAACAAAGUGAGGCUUGCUGAGAUGCUGGCUAUGUACACGCUGGUUGAGGACCUGCUCAACAACCCCGACCCACAGGAUGAAGCCGGUCCCUCACUGCCCUCCUUAAAGCAAGGCGCAAGCAACAGUCUGCUUGGACCGCAAGAGCUCUUCAAGAAGGUGCAGCAAACCUUGGACAAUGGACGUGUGGAUGUGCUUGUGAAGGAAGAUCCUGACAGCACUGAGGACGUUGACACUCCUUGUGUCGAAGGUGCUUCCAGCGUAGCAAAGCAACUGAAGAUCACGGUGCUGCCCAAGCACGGAUUCACCAAUGAAAGCGAGCACGUCCAGUGCUUGCAAGGUCUUGUAACACGCUCCUACUGGAGCUAUCUCCUACAGGCUAAAAUGAUCGAGAUGCGCGCUCAGGGCGGUGUUGAGAGUCAAGAGGUGACUCUGGAUCUGAUCAUGGAGGAGUUGGUGAAGAGAUUUGACAGUCUGCCUGAGGCAGUCACUAAGGCUCUGUCAGCUAGGGUACCUUUGAAAGUAGCAAGCCCACACAAAGACGCAGCUGGCCCUUCCAAAAGCAUUCAUGAUGAAGACCCUCCAGAGCACGGCCCGGCAAUCACAAUCAAAGAGGAACCUCAAAAGGAUAUGGAGGGGAGCGUUCUGGACGAGGUGGAGGACACCAAUGCCCCUCUUGCGGCACAGAAUAGUGGAAACAACCACCCGCCCACCAACAGCCUCCUUGCGGACCAAGUCCCAUUCAAGAAAGGCAGCCUUGGAGAGGCACUUGUUCCUCAAGGAUGUGGGCAUGUCAAGGCCCUGCCAAUGUUGGCGUUUGAACCAGGAGCAAGUCUCACCCGCUCCGCAUUUGGAUCCAUUGCCUUCGGCAUCCCCUCCAGCCUCGCCAUACGUGACGCUCUCUCAACCUCUGCUGCUGCGUCCACUUCCAAAUCUCCCACCUGGACCAUUCCUUUGAUUUUUGGACCUCACUCUACGUCGACAGUGUCUGGGCCUUCUGGCUCUUGA